AGAAAAAAUCGAUGCAAGGGUCAAGAGAAAAAUAAUUGAUCUAUACAGAAAUGGUGUUAGACGAGUUGCUGAAAUGAAAAGACACGUGGAUGCUUUUGUCUUAAAAGAGCUUUUCUUGGGUCUAGAACUCCCUGAAGAAACUCGAAGACGAUAUUACCCAACAAGAAAAGACCUUGCCAAUCUAAUGUACAAAGCUAAAAGUGAAGGGCAUGAUUCAACAUUGGAUCAAGAGAAUAUCCUUGACCUUAUAGAACAAUGGAAGAUGCAAAAUCCAAAUGACAUUAUAUUUUGUCGUCCAAGUUGCUGCACCACUGAAAACAAACAUCAGACUUUCUUAUUCUGUUACCAAAAGGAUUGGCAACAAAGAUUACUAACGAUCUAUGGAAACCAUAUAACACUUCUUGAUGCUACCUACAGAACAACACGUUAUGCUCUGCCCCUAUUUUUCCUCUGUGUUCGGUCUAAUGUUUGCUACCUGGUGGUUGGGGCUUUUGUUACCCAAGAAGAAAAUACAGCAAGCAUUAAAGAAGCAUUACAGUUAUUUAAAAACUGGAACAAAGAGUGGAAACCAAAGUGUUUUCUUGUGGAUUUCUGUCAAGAGGAGAUUAAUGCAAUAUAUGAAACAUUUCCAGCAUCGAAAGUCCUGCUCUGUGAUUUCCACCGUGAAAAAGCAUGGACUGAAUGGACCAGAAAAAAAGACCACAAUGUGUAUGAUUUUCGGAAGACCAUCUUGAGCAUGCUUCGUAAAAUAGCACUUGCUCGAACUAUGGAUGAACAUCAAAAUUCUCUAAAAAAUCUGAUAGAAUCAAAAAUUUGGAAGACAUGCAGUGCCCUGAGGCACUGGUUUUCAAACAAGUGGCUACCUGAAAUAGAGGUAAAAAUAUAAUACCUGUAUACAUAUUUUAAAAAAUAUAUAUUGUAUUGGAUUUACUGCAUCCAUAUUUUACUUUGUGUAUAUUAGUGCC